AAGGGGAACAGCAUUCCUCCAGUGAGAGGGUAAUAUUUUUGUUGCCAUCAGCAAGUGCUUCCCAAGCGGCAUCAGGCUGGUCUGCCACCGCUUUGCGCUGUUUUAAUCUCUUGGGGUUCUCCUUGAAGUGUUCCAGUCAUGGCUUCCAAAGUCAUACCUUGGUAUAAGAAGAAGCAUGUGAGCCAAGUCAAAACUGAUUAUGCUUAUCAUCACACUAAACAUGUUGUCAAGCAGCAGUCGGAAAGGAAAUCAAGCUCUAAAUCGGUGAACCAGGUGCAGGCCCAGGCCACAGAGGCUAUGGCGGAACCAGCCUAUACUGUUCCGGUUUUCCGGCAGAGGACUACUGAGGAAACUGAGGAGUACCAGAGGGUGACCAAAAAUGUUGGGAAAGGACUGGCUGUUAUUCAGGAGGAGCUCCACAGGAUAAGGAUGGCCACUAAAGCCCAAGUGGAUAAUCUUGCUAUCAAGAGCGAGGUUAAGGACAUGAUGGCAAGGAGAGGGGAUUCGUUGGAGGAAACCCCUAAGAUGCCGGACUUCCUGGUGGCCCUGCGGCCCCACACUGUGUGGGAGAAGACUCCUGUCAAACUGUUCUGCACGGUGCAGGGAAACCCAAGGCCCAUCGUCAAGUGGUAUAAAGGAGGAGUGCCAGUUGACCCACUGAGCGCUCCAGGAAAGUACAAGAUUGAAAACAAGUAUGGAGUCCACGGUUUGAUUAUUAGCAGGUGUGUUGUGAGUGAUACUGCUGAGUACAGUGCUGUGGCCACCAACCAGUAUGGCACCGCUACCAGCAAGGCUACAGUCACUGUGAAGAGGCCAUCCGGAGGAGCCCACUCCUGCCAGCUUGGCAUGGGAUUCCAUCGCUGUGUGGACGUAUGGUGGGUCGCCUUCCCGGACUCCCCAUCCAACGUACCACCCCUGGCCCAGUGGUACAGAGAUGAUAAACUACUGAAACCAAGCAAACUGGUGGAGAUGUCAGUGUGUGGAAGCGCUGCCCGCCUGACGCUGCCUCACCUGGCCAAGGACGACGAGGGCCUCUACACCCUCCGUAUCUUUACAAAGGACGGCACCGCCGAGCAUAGCGCCUACCUGUUUGUCUCAGACGCCCCUGCCUCUGCAGCCGGGGCCCCCGGCGCACCGAUGAGCGUCAAGGCAUACGACAUCAACUCGGACUACGUCCUGGUUGCCUGGAAACCCCCAAACACCGUCAACGAGGCGCCAAUCACUGGAUACUUUGUGGAUAGGUGUGAAGCUGGCAGUGACACCUGGGUCCAGUGCAACGACUCCCCGGUGAAGGUCUGUAAAUACCCGGUGCACGGCCUCAGCUUGGGCCACUCCUACCACUUCCGCGUCCGGGCCGUGAACAGCGCCGGCAUCAGCAGGCCGUCCCGCAAAUCAGAAAAAGUGACGGCCCUGGACGCCGCCGAGAGCGAGAGGCUGCAAGUGAUUAAAAUCGAAGGAAAAUAUGACAUAGUGAUCAAGGACGAUGACCUGGAAGGAUAUGUAACUAUUCCGGGCGAGCCCACAGACGUGCAUGCAUCAGAGGUUUUCAAAUCGUAUGUCGUGCUGAGCUGGAAGCCUCCCAGCCCCCGCGGACGAGCUCCGCUGUGGUACGUCAUCGAGAAGUGCUUAGCAGGCACUGGAGCGUGGCAGAGGAUCAACACGGCAGUCAAACUGCACUCCCCUCGUUACCCAGUUUUUGAUUUGCAAGACGGGCAAAAGUACCAGUUCCGAGUGUAUUCGGUGAACAUGUACGGCUCCAGCGAGGCCUCCGAGCCCUCUGAGCCCAUCCACAAGGUUGACCAAGAUGGUUUGGAGCUGCCGGUCGGCGUCCCCUCCGCUCCCGGUCAGGUCAUCGCCACCAGGAACUCCAAGUCCUCCGUCUUCGUACAGUGGGAGGCUCCCAAACAUCUGAAAAACCUGAUGGGAUAUUACAUCGACGGCCGCAUGGUCGGAUCCAAGGAGUGGUUCGCCUGCAACCACAAACCUUUCAAACACACCAGGUUUGUCGUGCACGGCCUGAUCCCAGGGGAGAGCUACGUGUUCCGCGUCCAGGCCGUCAACGUGUUCGGCCUCAGCGAGGAGUCCCAGGAGUCCUCCCCCAUCUCUGUGGAGCCCGCCCUCGGCAAGGGUUUUGAAUAUGCUACUCCCAGCGCUCCCUACGGCAUCACCAUGCUGGCCUGUGACGGCUCCUCCAUGACCGUGGCCUGGAGGAGCCCCAAGCACUGCGGCGGCUCCAAGGUCAACGCGUACUACGUCGACAAGCGCGACGCCGACAGUUUGAUCUGGAAGGAGGUCAACCUGAGCGCCGUCACAGAGAGGAUCUGCACCGUGGACAACCUGAAGGACGGGACCUUCUACGAGUUCAGGGUCCAGGCCGGUAACAUGGCCGGUGUCGGCGUCCCGUCGGCUCCCAGCGACCCCAUGAAGUGUGAAGCCUGGACCAUGGACGAGCCAGGUCCAGCCUAUGACCUGAGCUUCAGUGAGGUCAGGAGUCACUCUCUGGUCCUCCUGUGGAAGGCUCCAGUUUACACCGGAGCAAGUGCCGUGACUGGAUACUUCGUGGAUAUGGCCAAGAAGGGCUCGACAGAGUUUGUGACCCGGAAUGAGGAAGCUCUGAGCCACCGUUACCUGCAGGUGACUGGACUGGAAGAGGGCGAAACCUACGUGUUCAGAGUUCGUGCCGUCAACGCGAACGGCGUCGGAAGACCCUCGCAGCUGUCUGACCCGGUCUGUGCCAGAGCUCUUCCAGGCACUAAGGAGAUUGAGGUCGGUGUGGACGGUGAGACCGGAGACAUCUUCCUGUCUCUUGAGGCCUGCGAGAUCUGUGAUACGUCCAAGUUCGUGUGGUCGAAGAACUACAAACCCAUCGGCGACUGCCCCAGAGUCUCCGUCAGCGCCAAGGGCAGAACCUCCAGACUCACUUUCACCAACCCUGAUAAGGACGAUUUGGGCCGAUACUCUGUGGUCGUCACCGACACCGAUGGAGUCUCCAGCAGCCACACUCUGACUGAGGAUGCCUUGAACACCAUGCUGGAGCUCAGCCAUGCCAUCAGAAACCCAGUCAUUCCUCUGAAGCACGGCCUGAACUACGAGGUUUUGGAGAAGGGCCACGUGCGUUUCUGGCUGCAGGCCGUCAAGCUGUCCCCGUCCGUGUCCUACAGGUUCAUCGUUAACGACAAAGAAGUCACCAGCGGGGAGGGCCAUAAGAUCAGUCACGACGUGGCUUCAGGAAUCAUCCAGAUGACGGUGGAUCAUUUCACCAGAGCCGACGAGGGCACGUACACCGUCCAGAUUAACGACGGCAAAGCCAAAGCCCAGAGCUCCCUGGUCCUGGUGGGCGACGUGUUCAAGGCAGCCCUGAAGGAGGCUGAGUUCCAGAGGAAAGAGCACAUCAGGAAGCAAGGUCCACACUUCUCUGAGUACCUCUACUUCACCGUCACUGAGGACUGUACCGUCAUGCUGGCCUGCAAGGUGGCCAACGUGAAGAAGGAGACGACCUUCCACUGGUACAAAGAGGAUGAAGAGAUAGUUCCUGAUACUCCUCCUAAUGUCAUGUCCGGAGCCUGCGCCCUUCCCAUCCCCCUGUUCUCCAGAAAGGAUCAGGGUGUUUUCAAGGCCGUGCUCAGUGAUGACAGAGGAAAGGACACAUCUGUCUUUGACAUUUCAGGCCAAGUGUUUGAGGACAUCAUCAAUGCCGUCGCCAAGAUCGCUGGUGAGUCUGCCUCUGACCUGGUGUUGCAGUGUACCCCGGAGGGCAUCAGGCUGCAGUGCUACAUGAGCUACUACACGGAGGAGAUGAAGACCGUCUGGAAGCACAGGGACAGUAAGAUCGCCUCCUCUGAGAAGAUGAGGAUCGGUGGCACGGCCGAGAUGGCCUGGAUGCAGAUCUGCGAUCCGUCCGACAAGGAGAAGGGUCACUACUCCAUCGAGAUCUCAGACGGCGUGAAGACCCACACCAGGACAUUCGACCUCUCUGGACAAGCUUACACCGACGCCUAUGAGGAGUACCUGAGACUUAAGGCAGCUGCAUUUGCUGAGAAGAACCGUGGCAGAGUGGUUGGUGGUUUGCCUGAUGUGGUCACCAUCAUGGAGCAGAAGUCCCUGAGUCUGACCUGCACCGUGUGGGGCGAGCCGACCCCCGAGGUCACCUGGUUUAAGAACGAGCAGGAAGUGGCCUCCACCGAGCACACCAAGGUCACGUUCGACGGCGGCAAGUUCGCCAGCCUCGUCAUCAACAAGGUCACGCCCGAAGACUCCGGCAAGUACAGCAUCAACGUGCGGAACAAGUACGGCGGCGAGUUCGUGGAGAUCACCGUCAGCGUCUACAAGCACGGGGAGCCCAUCCCCGAGCCUAAAAUCGGGCACCCCAAGAUGGCCACUCCCGCAGCCACGCCCACAGCCACGCCCGUGCCGCCCAAGUCCCCAGCUCCGUCCUCCAAAGCCCCGACCCCCGCCCCUUCCAAGACCCCGACCCCCGUCCCCUCCAAGUCCCAGACCCCGGCGCCUUCCAUGAAGAGCGCAGCCUCCACCCCGGCUUCCACCCCCGUGCCCAAGUCCCCCACCCCGACUCCCAAGUCUCCAACCCCGCAACGCGGCGUCAAGUCUCCAACCCCGCCCAGAUUCAUGAAGUCCCCCACCCCACCGAGGAAGUAAACGCCAAUAUCCGAAGGGGCUCGAAGAUCGCGACGCCGAUUCAUAGCAUGAGUGUGAAACCGUGAGCUGUUCCUUUAGAGUUAGAUGUCGUUAACGUCCUAUCGUCUGAACCGCUGCGUAACAACGCGUCAGCUACUCAUUCAGAUGGUGAAGAAAGAAAGGCUGUGGUAGAUUUAUGUUCGAAAUGUAUGUAAAAGCUGCACCUUCCACUAUGUGAUGUUAGUGGAACGCCAAAGAAGAGGUAGGGUUCAUUACAGCGAGGAUCUUAUUUAGAUGGUUUUCACCACAGUUUCCAUGAAAGGAACCAAACACCCACAUAAACUUUAAUAAGCCAUAGUUCAAACCUUCUGCACCAAAAAUGGAAAUUCAGGCAUUUCAGGUUUGCUAAUCUUGACUUUCACCUACAGCUUAAGUGGAUUUACCUGGUUGUCCGACGCCAGCGUUAAAGUAUACACCGAUCAGCCACAACAUUAUGACCACCGACAGGAGAAGUGAAAAACAUUUAAACCAUCUUGUGACAAUUCAGUGUUCUGCUGGGAAAUUUUCGGACCUCACGUUUACGUGGAUGUUGCUUAGACAUGUAGCACCCGCCUAGACCCCGCCCCCUCCCCUCCAAGGCCCCCGAUACCAACAUUGUGUUACCGGCCACCGCAGGACGCCCUCAGAAGGUCCACUCUCUGAUGAGUCCCAUCUGUUUUGAAGGCACAAUGAGGACCUAGACCAACACUCAGAAGGUGGUCGUAAUGUUAUGCCUGACCGGUGUGUGUAGUGCAAUGUUAUUAAAAGCAACAGGAAACCAUCUCUAAAAGUAGUAAAAGAAGUAAGUAACCCAAGUAGUGAAAAACAAACAAAAACAAACUGAACGAUCCUUCAAACUGGAUGAUCUGGGAGUUGUCUGGAGUUUAUGUCGUCAGUCACUGGGUGGGAUCUCUACUUCUUGUUAUUUUUUUUUUUUCUCCCGGGCGGCUUUUAUCAGUUGCAAGUCCUAAUAAUGUCACCGCGUCUCUGCCAGAGAGGUCCCUCUGUGUGUAACAUGUUGUUUUUUUCCCCACCCCAGUGCUUUGUGAUGGCAAUAAACUUUACAUAACAACCUC